AUGUCAGUCUGUUUGACGAAGCUGUUCCUCUAUGUAGUGGAUGUGACCGGUGUUGAGAGAGAUAAUCACUCUAACCCAUGUUGUUUCUCUUCUCUCUUCCAGGAAACUCCCAACUCUGUGUUCCUGGUCAUGGAGGUAUGUGGAGUGUCACACUCUCAGAAUGGAACCUCUUCGACCUGUAGGCUGCCAGGAUCUCUAUCUUUGUGUUGAUACCUCUCCCCUCUUUCUAUCUGCUUACUUACCCCCCCCACCAACCCCCCCACGCUCACUCUCUCUCCACGUGCCCAUGGUAAUUUCCUCAGUCCUAUGAGAGGCUGCAAACCCAGCGUCUCCUGUCCUCACUCAGCCUCGCCUCUCUCCUUCCCUCUUCUACUUAUUCUCUCUCUCCCCUCCCUCUCAUUGCUCAAGACCACAAAAUUCCACAAACCGCCUGAAGGAAGAAAAAAAAAACUGUGCGCCACCUUAAGUAGCCCUCUAAAAAUAUACCUGUACACCCAAACCCCGAUUUGAAAAGAAUCCUGUUAUUCAAGAGCAAAACUUAUUCUGCCAUUCUUAUAUUCUAGCUGUUGUUAAAGUAACUGGCUGAGCAAGGUGUCAUGGGACCCUGGUACAUGUUACCUUGGCCUGCCUGGGGGGUGUUCUAGCUUGUUGUUGUAGACAGAGCUGUUGUUCUUAGAGCCACACUGACACUAAGGAGGCAGGGUCUCCUGGCACAGGAGACCAAACAGACUUAAGCCUCUGAGAAAAACAGUUCCAAGCCUCUGAGCACUGUUCAACCUUGGUCUGAUAGCUAGCAGGCUGCUUAAUCAAUGAUAUACCACUACCAGAGAGAUGGGCAUAGAUAGCAUUGACACUAGGCUAGCAUGGAUGCUAAUCCAGUUGGUGUUUGCCAGACUGCUUGUUUUGCUUAUUAAGAAAGGCUUGUCUUACGCAAAGGUUAGAGGAGGGAUCAGAUGAAUUAUUACUUAUUAAGCAGUCACUUAUUAAGCGGUCAGCGCUCAAGGCUCACGCUCCAGCAUUUUGGCACCGGUUGGAACACAUUAAAAAGGAUACUGUUUUAGGGGAAACACUGCCCUUUCAGCUGCAACAUUGACUCUCCGUAUGAAGCAAAGCAGUCUUUUUAUUGGACCGAAUAUUAUUCAUGUGCAGUGUACAUCAUAAAUUAUUGUCCUCGCACAAAAAUUAGUAGGAUAGAUUCACUAGAAUAGAAUGAUGGCCCUUUAACCAAUCAUGGCAUCCCAAACUUUACAGCAAUCAAUGUGGGCACCCCCAUAAUAGUGAAAUAUAUGAAUGUUACCCUAGCACUGUGUGGGUAUGGCAGACCCCUAACAAUGUGUUAUUGAAACCCUGCUCAAUGCCUCUGCUGCUCGCAGUAAAAGGGUUGACAUACACACAGAGCAUCCAUCUUCCCGUGUCUCAUGUCAAUAUAAGGAUCUGAGCUGUAAUUGAUUUUCCUGCACAAAGGGUAAACAACAUGGUGUGGUAAUGAACUGAACUGGAGUCAGAUCCUACCGGUCACUGUGAUGAGGCUCUUUUAAGGCCAGAUCAAACAAAUGCUUUGGUCAGAGGAAGCUCUGGUAACCAACAGGAUGUAAUUGGUGGUUCAACUGACGGAACUGGAAAAUGGUGGACAGACAGCGGGUAGAUGCUAGCAUAAAUUAGCCUACCACUUAGCUCCCCUCUGUUUCUCCUCCACUUUCUCUCCCCUGCUCCGUCACACCUUUUCUCUAACUCUCUCCCUAACUCUCUCUCUCUUUCUUGUAGUACUCUCCCUCUCUCCUUCCUACUCUCUGUGUUGACUAAGCCAGGAUUAACAGAGACUGUCAGUACUGAUACCAGCAUAGCCAUUCAUCAGAUUUUAAUUCAUGAGACCCAUCGUUAUCUGGGCUUUGUGGUUGCACGUACACACACACACACAGAUUGAUACUGUUAAUCCGUGUUGUUCUUACACAGCCUGCUAAUAUAAUGUUUUUUUUUUUGUCUUGUUCCUCCCCACAGUACUGCAACGGUGGCGAUCUGGCUGACUAUCUGCAAGGUAAGCAUCACACUAAUCUCAACACACACACUGGGUAUUAUUCAUCAAAACAAAGUAACUAGCAGUGGAGAGGAGUGUGGGUACUUUUGUGUGCGUCUCUGUCUGCCGCCUUCUGUCUGUGUGUGUGGUGUAUGUUCCCAGUGGAAGGGAAUGCUGUGUGUAGGAGCCAACACAGUGAUAUGACACAAUGGGUUCCUUCUUUAGCACCAAGGUCAGCAUAGCUCUGACGCCAGUCUCAAAGGUCACUCGUCUCUCAUAAUGCUUCCCAAGAAAGCACCAAGCACUGAAUGUCUUAAUAGGAUGCUGCUUGUGGAGGUCAACAUGGUAUAUCGUUAACUUGAUUGGUAUAGCAGUUUAUAGCAGUGAAUUGCAUAACACACACACCUAUAUCCCUGUUGAUAUGGAUCAUAUUUGCAUAUGUAUGACAAUGUCAACAGCAGGUAGUUACAGUGAGGGAAAAAAGUAUUUGAUCCCCUGCUGAUUUUGUACGUUUGCCCACUGACAAAGACAUGAUCAGUCUAUAAUUUUAAUGGUAGGUUUAUUUGAACAGUGAGAGACAGAAUAACAACAAAAAAAUCCAGAAAAACGCAUGUCAAAAAUGUUAUAAAUUGAUUUGCAUUUUAAUGAGGGAAAUAAGUAUUUGACCCCUCUGCAAAACAUGACUUAGUACUUGGUGGUAAAACCCUUGUUGGCAAUCACAGAGGUCAGACGUUUCUUGUAGUUGGCCACCAGGUUUGCACACAUCUCAGGAGGGAUUUUGUUCCACUCCUCUUUGCAGAUCUUCUCCAAGUCAUUAAGGUUUCGAGGCUGACGUUUGGCAACUCGAACCUUCAGCUCCCAGAUUUUCUAUGGGAGCAAGGUCUGGAGACUGGCUAGGCCACUCCAGGACCUUAAUGUGCUUCUUCUUGAGCCACUCCUUUGUUGCCUUGGCCGUGUAUUUUGGGUCAUUGUCAUGCUGGAAUAACAAUCCACGACCCAUUUUCAAUGUCCUGGCUGAGGGAAGGAGGUUCUCACCCAAGAUUUGACGGUACAUGGCCCCGUCCAUCGUCCCUUUGAUGCGGUGAAGUUGUCCUCUCCCCUUAGCAGAAAAACAUCCCCAAAGCAUAAUGUUUCCACCUCCAUGUUUGACGGUGGGGAUGGUGUUCUUCGGGUCAUAGGCAGCAUUCCUCCUCCUCCAAACACGGCGAGUUGAGUUGAUUCCAAAGAGCUCGAUUUCGGUCUCAUCUGACCACAACACUUUCACCCAGUUCUCCUCUGAAUCAUUCAGAUGUUCAUUGGCAAACUACAGACGGCCCUGUAUAUGUGCUUUCUUGAGCAGGGGGACCUUGCGGGCGCUGCAGGAUUUCAGUCCUUCACGGCGUAGUGUGUUACCAAUGUUUUUCUUGGUGACUAUGGUCCCAGCUGCCUUGAGAUCAUUGACAAGAUCCUCCCGUGUAGUUCUGGGCUGAUUCCUUACCAUUCUCAUGAUCAUUGCAACUCCACGAGGUGAGAUCUUGCAUGGAGCCCCAUGCCGAGGAAGAUUGACAGUUAUUUUGUGUUUCUUUCAUUUGCGAAUAAUCGCACCAACUGUUGUCACCUUCUCACCAAGCUGCUUGGCGAUGGUCUUGUAGCCCAUUCCAGCCUUCUGUAGGUCUACAAUCUUGUCCCUGACAUCCUUGGAGAGCUCUUUGGUCUUGGCCAUGGUGGAGAGUUUGGAAUCUGAUUGAUUGAUUGCUUCUGUGGACAGGUGUCUUUUAUACAGGUAACAAGCUGAGAUUAGGAGCACUCCCUUUAAGAGUGUGCUCCUAAUCUCAGCUCGUUACCUGUAUAAAAUACACCUGGGAGCCAGAAAUCUUUCUGAUUGAGAUGGGGUCAAAUACUUAUUUCCCGCAUUAAAAUGCAAAUCAAUUUAUAACAUUUUUGACAUGCAUUUUUCUGGAUUUCUUUGUUGUUAUUCUGUCUCUCACUGUUCAAAUAAACCUACCAUUAAAAUUAUAGACUGAUCAUUUCUUUGUCAGUGGGCAAACGUACAAAAUCAGCAGGGGAUCAAAUACUUUUUUCCCUCACUGUAUGCGUUAAUCCCAGCAGAGCUACAGUUGAGUAACAGAGAAAGAAAGAGAGGUCAUCAUGAAAUGGACACCAUAACAAGAGGUCAAUGCGGAGUCUAAAAAGGCACUGAGGAACAGAAUGUCCCAGGGCACCAGGUUUAGUGUAGAUACUGGUGUACAGAGGAAAGCAGUGUUGUGGACUCUGGUCCUCAUGUUGUGUUCUGAUUCACUUGUUAUCAGGGGAACUGUUUUUUUUAUGUUGUACAGGUGCACGCUCUCACGUCACCUCAGGGCACGGUACAGUGUCUGUACCUCUCUCUUCUAGCGUGCAAGCACAGUCGCACUCUCCCCCUUUCUGUCGCACUCUCCCUCUUUGUUGCACUCUCUAUUUCUGUCUCUCUCUCUCUCUCCCUUAUAAACCCUAAUUGUAUAAUAGCACCACACAACCAUGUUAUGUUAUUUCACUAAUUACACAACUUUGCUGCGUUUAGAAGAAGUUGCCACUGUUGUACUUUAGAGAGAGUGUUACUCUGUUGUACUUUAAAUCCCUGAUAAAUGUGUGUAAGCACGGUUAGGUUGACACAAGAUCCAUUGUGACCAUAAUGGGUUGGUUUACCCUUUAGAGACCCAGGAAUCCUCUUAGCUAGCAGCUCACUGGAUUAGCUAAUGUUGUUGUUUCACUACAAUCAGGACAUGCAGGGACCAGGCACACUCCACUGGCCGACCUCUUAUCCUAGCUACAGUAACCUUCACUGUUAAUACUUUUAUUACGUAGGCUGCUAAUGUUCAAACAAUUACUAGCCUAAUCGGUUGUGCUUGCAUAAAAUAUAUAGACUACUUGCAGAAUAAGCAUUUUGUGCGGGUUGCUUUCCCUUGGAUUCAGUGUGCAGUUGUGGUGACAGAGCUCUCCCAAUGCAUCCUGAUGUAGAAGUUUUAAUGCAUUUCUCUCAUUGAUAUCAGUGCAUCUCAAUCAUUUAAAUGUAAGCUGAGGCAAUCAGUAAUUAUUGCAAAGCAUCAGGGAUAUAGAGGUAUUGAGUGUGUAUAACUGCUGGCAAAUGUUUUGUAUGGAUCCCAUGUGGCUCAGUUGGUUGAGCAUGGCGCUUGCAAUGCCAGAGUUGUGGGUUUCGUUUCCCACGGGGGGAAAAGUAUGAAAAUGGAUGCACUCACUAUUGUAAGUCACUCUGGAUAAGAGUGUCUGCUAAAUGACUAAAAUCUAAAUCUAAAACUGUAAAUACAUGUUAAUGAUCAGUGUGGGUGAAACGUUAGUGUGUAAAAUGGUUGUAAAGAAUUGUCUAUGUGGCCUCUAGACUAGUGCAUAGUGGGUGGGUAAUGUCUUUUAUAGAGAUUUCAGUGCAUUAUGGGUAAUGUAGUUUUGUAUGGAUAAAAUAUGCUAAUCGCCAGUGUGGGUGUAGUAGUCUUUUACCACUAAAUCCCUGGUCAUCAUACAUUAUGUGCCAAUACAUUUAUACUGUAUAAUGAAGGAUUGUGGGUAAGUUGUUUUUCUCUGCUCUCCCUAGCCAAGGGGACACUGAGAGAAGAUACUCUGAGGGUGUUCCUCCAGCAGAUAGCAGCAGCCAUGAGGAUCCUCAACAGUAAAGGCAUCAUCCACCGAGACCUGAAACCACAGAACAUCCUACUGUCAUACACGAGCCGCAAGAGAUCCAGCAUCAACGGCAUCCGCAUCAAAAUAGGUGACUGACCAACCCAGCCCCCAGCCCCUCAAACACAACACACACUCAGUUAAAACUAAGCUAAAACUUAAAAGAGAACUAUCCCUUUAAUUCUUCACACCUUCAGAAUGUUUCUAUGACAUAAAUACUGUUUAUACUGUGUACAGUCGUGGUCAAAAGUUUUGAGAAUGACACAAGUAUUGGUCUUCACAAAGUUCGCUGCUUCAGUGUUAUGAGAUAUCUUUGUCAGAUGUUACUAUGGUAUACUGAAGUAUAAUUACAAUCAUUCCAUAAGUAUCAAAGGCUUUUAUUGACAAUUACAUUAAGUUUAUGCAAAGAGUCAAUAUUUGCAGUGUUGACCCUUCUUUUUCAAGACCUCUGCAAUCCGCCCUGGCAUGCUGUCAAUUAACUUCUGGGCCACAUCCUGACUGAUGGCAGCCCAUUCUUGCAUAAUCAAUGCUUGGAGUUUGUCAGAAUUUGUGGGUUUUUGUUUGUCCACCUGCCUCUUGAGGAUCGACCACAAGUUCUCAAUGGGAUUAAGGUCUGGGGAGUUUCCUGGCCAUGGACCCAAAAUGUCGAUGUUUUGUUCCCCGAGCCACUUAGUUAUAAUUUUUUCCUUAUGGCAAGGUGCUCCAUCAUGCUGGAAAAGGCAUUGGUCGUCACCAAACUGUUCUUGGAUGGUUGGGAGAAGUUGCUCUCGGAGGAUGUGUUGGUACCAUUCUUUAUUCAUGGCUGUGUUCUUAGGCAAAAUUGUGAGUGAGCCCACUCCCUUGGCUGAGAAGCAACCCCACACAUGAAUGGUCUCAGGAUGCUUUACUGUUGGCAUGACACAGGACUGAUGGUAGCGCUCACCUUGUCUUCUCCGGACAAGGUGUUUUCCGGAUGCCCAAAACAAUCGGAAAGGAGAUUCAUCAGAGAAAAUGACUUUACCCCAGUCCUCAGCAGUCCAAUCCCUGUACCUUUUGCAGAAUAUCAGUCUGUCCCUGAUGUUUUUCCUGGAGAGAAGUGGAUUCUUUGCUGCCCUUCUUGACACCAGGCCAUCCUCCAAAAGUCUUCGCCUCACUGUGCGUGCAGAUGCACUCACACCUGCCUGCUGCCAUUCCUGAGCAAGCACUGCACUGGUGGUGCCCCGAUCCCGCAGCUGAAUCAACUUUAGGAGACUUGCUGGACUUUCUUGGGUGCCCUGACGCCUUCUUCACAACAAUUGAACCUCUCUCCUUGAAGUUCUUGAUGAUCCGAUAAAUGGUUGAUUUAGGUGCAAUCUUACUAGCAGCAAUGUCCUUGCCUGUGAAGCCCUUUUUGUGCAAAGCAAUGAAGACGGCACGUGUUUCCAUGCAGGUAACCAUGGUUAACAGAGGAAGAACAAUGAUUUCAAGCACCACCCUCCUUUUUAAAGCUUCCAGUCUGUUAUACUAACUCAAUCAGCAUGACAGAGUGAUCUCCAGCCUUGUCUUCGUCAACACUCUCACCUGUGUUAACGAGAGAAUCACUGACAUGAUGGCAGCUGGUCCUUUUGUGGCAGGGCUGAAAUGCAAUGGAAAUGUUUUUUGGGGAUUAAGUUCAUUUUCAUGGCAAAGAGGGACUUUGCAAUUAAUUGCAAUUCAUCUGAUCACUCUUCAUGACAUUCUGGAGUACAGUGGGGGGAAAAAAGUAUUUAGUCAGCCACCAAUUGUGCAAGUUCUCCCACUUAAAAAGAUGAGAGAGGCCUGUAAUUUUCAUCAUAGGUACACGUCAACUAUGACAGACAAAUUGAGAAGAAAAAAUCCAGAAAAUCACAUUGUAGGAUUUUUUAUGAAUUUAUUUGCAAAUGAUGGUGUAAAAUAAGUAUUUGGUCACCUACAAACAAGCAAGAUUUCUGGCUCUCACAGACCUGUAACUUCUUCUUUAAGAGGCUCCUCUGUCCUCCACUCGUUACCUGUAUUAAUGGCACCUGUUUGAACUUGUUAUCAGUAUAAAAGACACCUGUCCACAACCACAAACAGUCACACUCCAAACUCCACUAUGGCCAAGACCAAAGAGCUGUCAAAGGACACCAAAAACAAAAUUGUAGACCUGCACCAGGCUGGGAAGACUGAAUCUGCAAUAGGUAAGCAGCUUGGUUUGAAGAAAUCAACUGUGGGAGCAAUUAUUAGGAAAUGGAAGACAUACAAGACCACUGAUAAUCUCCCUCAAUCUGGGGCUCCACGCAAGAUCUCACCCCGUGGGGUCAAAAUGAUCACAAGAACGGUGAGCAAAAAUCCCAGAACCACACGGGGGGACCUAGUGAAUGACCUGCAGAGAGCUGGGACCAAAGUAACAAAGCCUACCAUCAGUAACACACUACGCCGCCAGGGACUCAAAUCCUGCAGUGCCAGACGUGUCCCCCUGCUUAAGCCAGUACAUGUCCAGGCCCGUCUGAAGUUUGCUAGAGUGCAUUUGGAUGAUCCAGAAGAGGAUUGGGAGAAUGUCAUAUGGUCAGAUGAAACCAAAAUUGAACUUUUUGGUAAAAACUAAACUCGUUGUGUUUGGAGGACAAAGAAUGCUGAGUUGCAUCCAAAGAACACCAUACCUACUGUGAAGCAUGGGGGUGGAAACAUCAUGCUUUGGUGCUGUUUUUCUGCAAAGGGACCAGGACGACUGAUCCGUGUAAAGGAAAGAAUGAAUGGGGCCAUGUAUCGUGAGAUUUUGAGUGAAAACCUCCUUCCAUCAGCAAGGGCAUUGUAGAUGAAACGUGGCUGGGUCUUUCAGCAUGACAAUGAUCCCAAGCACACCGCCCGGGCAACGAAGGAGUGGCUUCGUAAGAAGCAUUUCAAGGUCCUGGAGUGGCCUAGCCAGUCUCCAGAUCUCAACCUCAUAGAAAAUCUUUGGAGGGAGUUGAAAGUCUGUGUUGCCCAGCGACAGCCCCAAAACAUCACUGCUCUAGAGGAGAUCUGCAUGGAGGAAUGGGCCAAAAUACCAGCAACAGUGUGUGAAAACCUUAUGAAGACUUACAGAAAACGUUUGACCUGUGUCAUUGCCAACAAAGGGUAUAUAACAAAGUAUUGAGAAACUUUUGUUAUUGACCAAAUACUUAUUUUCCACCAUAAUUUGCAAAUAAAUUCAUUAAAAAUUCUACAAUGUGAUUUUCUGGAUAUUUUUUUCUCAUUUUGUCUGUCAUAGUUGACGUGUACCUAUGAUGAAAAUUACAGGCCUCUCUCAUCUUUUUAAGUUGGAGAACUUGCACAAUUGGUGGCUGACUAAAUACUUUUUCCCCCACUGUAUGUGCAAAUAGCCAUCAUCAAAACUGAGGCAGCAGACUUAGUAUUUGUGUCAUUCUCAAAACCUUUGUCCACGACUGUAUAUAGAGAUGGCCUAUCCAUGAACUGUUAGCCAUCAUAUUAUUUGUCUUAUUGUGUCACACAAGUGUCAUAUAUCAAAUGUUAUGUUAUGUUACGAUGCACCACAGUGAUAGCUAGCUAAGGUCAUGGUUAGUUGUUUUGAACCCUACAGCUAUAUUUAGUUUGCUGCUUGUGCUAUUCCCGGAAGGUGUGUUGACUGAUGUUGAGUGCCCAAUUGUCUAGUGUCUGAGAGGCUUGGGAAUAGGAGUUGUGACACUCGGACAAUAGUAGCUAUUAAUAACACAGACAGACCGACAGACUGACGGCCUUCUCUCUUUCAGCUGACUUUGGCUUCGCACGAUACCUCCAGAGCAACAUGAUGGCUGCCACGCUGUGUGGCUCCCCCAUGUACAUGGUGAGUGGGUGUGAGUGGGCGUGUGAGCAUGUGUGUGUUAGUGUUCAUUGUGUGUGUAAGGGUGUCGUGUCUGCAGUCUCUUGUCCUCCUGUGACAACAGCACCGCUUACUCAGCAACUUGCAACUGGAACGGUCCUUUCGGAGCUUGACCUCUAACCUCUGUCCUCUAACCAGGCCCCGGAAGUGAUCAUGUCUCAGAACUAUGACGCCAAGGCAGACCUUUGGAGCAUUGGGACGGUCGUCUACCAGUGUCUCGUGGGGAAGCCCCCUUUCCAGGUAGGAUGGAGAGAGAGAGAGCAGCAUUAAACUGUGUGGGAAAAAAUACCAUAUGCCUCUGCAAGAGAAAAAUGUCACCCAUGGUGUGUGUUUAUAGAAGUAGUAUACAAACCCCCUGUCACUCUGUUCUCUCUGUCUCUCACUCUCUCUCUCUCUCUGUCUUUAGGCCAACAGUCCGCAGGACCUGAGGAUGUUCUAUGAGAAGAACAAGUCGCUGCUGCCCAUGUAGGUCAACAGAUGAUAGGAUUUAGGAAUUACUAGCUAUCUGAUCGAGUCCUUUAGGGCUGAAAAGUCAUGUUUUUAACUAGAAUGUAUGUCUGUUCCUCUAUUACUUAGCAUCCCGAGGGAGACGUCUCCUCCCCUUGGCAACCUGUUGCUUGGCCUGCUGCAGAGGAACCAGAAGGACAGGAUGGACUUCGGUCAGUUCUGACUUCACUUCCCUUCUAGAAAGGAAAUGAUUUAAAACGUAAUGUUUGUUAUCCAUAAAUUGGAUGUUACUUCUCUAACAUUAACACUUCUGUCUUGUUUCUGCUUCAGAUGCGUUUUUCAGCCAUCCUUUCUUAGAUCCAGCUUCUGCCAUCAAAAAAUGUGAGUAGAUAGAACUUCCUUCAUCAAUAACAGGGGGAAAUACAUGUGGUAUCAGAGCUGUAUUGUGAGAUGACAUUGAUGUUGAGAGCACUUAGGUCUUGUGUGAAAACAUGUAUUUGUAUGUUUUUUCUCCAGCAUGUCCUGUUCCAGUACCCAACUGCCCUAGCGCUGUAACCGACAUCACCUGUGGCAGCUCGCCCUCUGUUCGCUACAACUCUCCUGCCGUAAGUUCAUCCUGACUGCCUAUACACCUCAUAGUUGCAUUCCACACCAAGUGGGUUUAUCCGUACCUCAAGGCAUAGCACCACACCUCAACACUCAGCACUUAAGAAUCCAGACUUUGUACAGUAGCUCAGUGGGAAAACGGACAAACUGAGUUUCCCAAGGAUGUACUUUUUUUCUCUGUCCACUGUGAUUGAAUUAUUCUGGCAGUCUACAUAGCCCAGUCUGGCUCUAAUUGAAUUGUACAGCCAAGCCCUCUCUCUCACUGAGAUUUAAUCCUCUCGCUUUCUUUCUCUUGCCCUACCCUCCUAACACAUAUACACACACACACACAUAAACACACCUUUUGCUCACUACAACACACACAUACCCCUUCCCUUCUCCAGUCUCUCCCAGACAUGCAGACGUUACCUGAGGACUGUCUGUCGUCACCACCCCUGGGCCCUCCCAACUACCUGCAGCUGUCUAAGGAGUCUGGAGGAAGCACCAGCAGCAAGAACUCCUCCAGCGACACGGACGACUUUGUCCUGGUGCCACACCUUUCCACAGAGUCUUGUGAGUCUUCAGGAACGCACACACUCACACAAACACUUGCUACUCCUUAUUACACUAAUUAGGACUACUGACAACACUACAUAUACAUUGAGCACCUACUUACACUCCUCUUAGAAUAAGCACCUGCUAUAAAACACACACACUGAGCACCUACUCACACUUGACACACACAGUUGACCAAAUAGACACACAUUUUGAGUGGCAGUAUGGGUAGUCAGUUAAUUCAGUAAUGUGCCAUGGUUUCUACUCUUGUCUGGUUGGCUCACUUCCCUCUUCCUCAGAUGACCAGCCAAUGGGAGCAGUGGGGCAUCGGUCGUCCGGA